UGGGUAGUCAGUCCCAUGGGGCCAACCCCAAAUCUCCUGUCUCCCUGUACCCUGGCCGUGGCGGCUGUGCCCGCGGUGCUGGGUGCUGUGGGCUUCACUGGGGCUGGAAUCGCCACCUCCUCCAUCGCAGCGAAGAUGAUGUCAGCGGCCGCCGUGGCCAAUGGGGGUGGAGUUGCCGCCGGCAGCCUGGUGGCCACUCUCCAGUCCGUGGGGGCAGCUGGACUUUCCACAUCAUCCAACAUCCUCCUGGGCUCUGCUGGGGCAAAAAUUGGGGCUUGGAUGUGGGGUUCAAAAAAGAAGGCCCCUUCUCCACCAGGAUCCAGUACUGAAGAAGAGAGCGGUUCCCAUGCUGGAGACGACCCUCCAGGGCCUCAGGGUGUCAGUCCCCCAAAUGACAAGCCCUCUGCCUCCCAAAAUUCUUCAAAGAAUCAUAAGAAGUAAAAGUAAGAUGCUGUGACCUUU